GUAAGACUGGUGAUUAUCACAUACUGCUCAUUUUUAACACAUUUUGUGAGGCUAGGGCAGUGGUUUUCAAAGUCGGGGCUGCCAGGGGGCACCCAGGGGGCCUCAACAAUUUGGUGUGAAAAAUAAAUUCUCACUCUCAGACAACCACACACACUCACAGUCAAUUCCUAAUGUAAUGUAAAGAUGUAACUAUUAAUAAAAAAAAGGGGGGGUAUAUUCAGAAGUCUGUAUUUUUAAUUUGUUUUAAAGACAUCUUGCAAAGGGGGGGCCUUGAUGAAAUGUUAAUGCCAUUUGGGGGGCCUUACCCUGGAAUGGUUUGGGAACCCUUGGGCUAGGGCCUAUAUUAAUGUUCAGUAGGAACUGAUUUAAUAUAAUUCACUCCAACAAAUGUCAUCAUGUGGUUCCUAAUAUUACCUAGUACCUCUGUCUGGACUGUUGAUGCUCCCAUCGGUGGAUUUCUGGCUCAGUAACUGAGACCUGCUCAUCUGGUAGAACCAGUCACCAUUUGUAUAGUCUGAGAGCACAAGAGAGAAAGAGGCACUUUGUGUGAGCUGGAGAAGGGAACGCAUACAAUACAGAUGGAAAUAUAAUAUUAGGAUACGCCUCAUCGAGCAAAGAUUAAAAGGGAGAAAGUUCACCUUUCCUCAGAUCAGCGAUGACCUGAUGAAUGUCUGCUUACAUUAAGGACGACCAUGGAUGAAGGCUGAAAGAGCGUGCUUUUCAAGUCUAGAUUUUAGUUUAAAAAAUUUGUGCUGCUACAGCAAGGAGGAAUGAAGAAGAAACUUAUCGGAUGACGUCAACAAACAUUGCUUAGUCUUCACAUAACACCAUGAGAGACAUCACCACCACCACCAUCACCACAUAAAAGGACAUCUGCUGUUAUUUUUGGCCACAAUGUCCAAAUCUCAGGAGCAGAGCCUAAAUGAGGAUGUGAUCUUCCUUCCGGUGAAUGAGUCCAACCCAGAGUUCCUCCAUUCGGAGGUGGAACGCAGUGCCCUGGAGUCCCUGCUCAGAGAUGGUCCUGGAGCUUUCUACACCAAACUGAGCGCACAUCAAAUCGAACCCUUUCUCUCCCCGGAGGAGGUGAACCAGGUCUCCCGCUGGGUGGAGGAUCAACAUGUGGAGGUUGUGGAAAAUGGGGACGUCGGGAGUGAAAGCAGCUCAGGCGUGCAGGGCUCCUCGGAUCAGUAUUUCCCCGAGCUUUCAGACACGCCGGCUCCAUGUCUGGAGCUCGGAUGGCUGGAGAAGGACAGAUGGGACGGUGUGGAGCAAGUCAUGGUCUACACCAAUCCUCCAGUGGAGCAGGCUCCUCAUAUCCGUGAGGUGAUCAGGAGGCUGCUACAGGGAGCCACCACGCUGAUCGCUAUCGUAGCAGAUAGAAUCACAGACAGCACGGUGAUCGGGGAUCUGCACUCCGCUGCAUCUCGAGGUGUUGUUAUCUACAUCAUCCUGAAUCGAAGACCUGCACAAGAUAACCUAACGCCAAACCAGCUCAAGCACCCGAACAUUAUAGUUCGGAUUUUGGGUGGAAAGACGUUCAUGUCUGCAGAUAGGAAGAUGGUGGUGGGAGAGCUGAAGGAGAACUUUGUCCUGGUGGAUCUGGAGACGGUGGUUCUGGGCAACUACAGCCUGACCUGGACUGACGCUCAUCUACACCGGCAGCUCGUCACUGUCCUGAGUGGCCCGGUGGUGCAGUUAUUCGACCGGGAGUUCCGCAUCCUCUACGCCGCCUCACUACCCAUUCCUGACUCGUGGAAAGUUGCCAAGCCCAUGGAGCAUCCCAAGAUUGAUUUAACUCUUUACCAACCAGAACUAAAUACCUCAAAACAAGUGCUGCUUGACUGCCCUUCCUCCACUCCACCACCCUUUGCUGACUCUCCUAUAGACUGGGACACUCUUGGGGUCUUCCAGAAGAGUGAAGACUCUCCAGAAGACCAGGUUUUGCCUGAGUUUUUUGAAGAACCGCCAAAGUUUCAUAGAACAGGGCCUGACUGGCAUACUGAGGCUCCUGGAGCAGAUGUAAUAAAUCUUCAUAUCACUGAAUGUCAAGAUGAAAGCAAGUUAUAUCGUGCCGCCGCUGAGCUGAGGCACGUACCAGAUCAUCAAGCAAUGUUUUGGAACAUGCAAAAACCAGAGAGGCUUCAGUACGGGUUUCUGACAGAACGUGACGAGGGACCGGCCAUGUUCAGGUACCGAGACUUCAGGAUGGAUAGGAACCUGAUGGAGGACACUGUGCCCUUCUCACGCGCUCACAGACAGGACUGUCUACCAAGUCUGGACAGGAGUUGUGGGGAAAAUACCAUCCCAGAGGAGACAACACCCGGGACAUCUGCAGCUCCAGUCCAUUAUAAGAAACCCAUUGUUGUGAGUAUUCCUCAGACAGACAGCUCUUGGAGGCUGGGUGAUAUCCUGAAAAAGAUCAGCACUGAUCACAGCACCAAGGGCCUGCAGACAAAAAUGGCCAACAAUACAAUCAGCAAAUCUACUCUGGACCUGAGUUCACCAGGGACCGAGACACUGCAGAGGAGCCAGAGUCAGGCCAAUUUGUACGACAGCUUCCCGAUGACGCCAGCUCUAGCCCUGAUGAAAAAGCGCAACGAUGAGGUCAAAUCUUCACUUCUGAGAAGUCCGAAGGCUUUCCAGCCACUAUCCAGACCCCGCAGUUUUAGUUUAGGCCUUAAGAGGGACACGUGGAAACCUGCUUUAUUCAGACAGAAGAAUAACGAUGAGGACAAGUGAAGAAAUCCCAACCAGAUGAGCACAACGUGACGCAGAAUAUAAAAUACGGUUCUCCUAUUAGGAUGGGCCUACAAGCUAAUUGCACAAUGGCAACAAUUGUGUGAACACUAGGCGAAUACCUUUUAUGCUACUAAAUGAUCGAGGAGACGUGUUAAUAAAUCACCUGAACUAAAGAUGAA